CCGGUAGAAGGUUUUUCCGUGAGGUUGGCAAAACCAUCAAUAACAAAGCUUAGAAACCCAAACCUUAUUAGACAAAUAUCUUCCACUCUUCCACGAUUUCUUAUCUUCUUCCCACUUUUACCGUUGAGGGAUUGAGUUUACUGACCACUCCACCGGUAAUGUAGUGGAGAAUAUAUGAUGACUUUGAUAUCGAUUUCACCGGCAGAAUGGAUUUAAGAUUACCAUCAAUCCCUUGGCUUGCAUUAUCAUGAGCGCUGACAGGUAGGCGUGCAUGUGUAACUGCACCUCCCAUUCGAGGAAAGCAUACCCAUACCUUAUCAGUCCAUAUGACUAGUGUCAGUAUAUAAUGUGCUUCAUUCCCUGAGUUUGUUUCCUUUCUUCAUCCAUUUCUGCUUCCCAAGUUCCAUUAGCACGAUGGUGCUCAUCAAAUUAUUGGUCACAGUGACUACGUUGAUUGUUUCGGCAAUUGGGAGCCCAAGUCCGAAGUACUCAAAGCCUCAUUUUAAUGUCACAGACUUUGUAGAAACCCAGCUAUUGGAGGAUCCUUCUCCAUACGACUUUCCUAUUCUUCAAAAUGGCAGUUUAGCGGACAGUGGCCAAUUCCCUAUGCCACUAUGUAAUGGUUUCAAGUUGGAAGAAGCUUCAAUUGACCAAUUACAAGCGGCUUUGUCAAGGGGGAGAUUGACUUCGGUGCAGAUUGUUAUGUGUUAUCUGGAGAGGAUUUACCAGACAGACGAAUAUCUCAGGUGAGUGACAUGUGCUUCACUUUGUCGCACCUUGGACCCAUUGGUUAAAAACAUUUUGAUAGGGCUGUAAUGCAAGUAAAUCCUGAGUUUAUCCAGAUGGCUUCUGCGCUUGACCAUGAACGCAAGCUAGGUAACCUCCGUGGACCAUUACACGGCAUACCAUUUCUAGUGAAAGACGUGAGCGUCAAAGGAUUCAUUCUCUCAUGACCUCACUAACAGAUGCCAGAAUAUUGCGACCAAGGACAAAUUAGAAACCACUGCCGGCUCUUGGAUGUUGCUUGGUUCUAUCGUCCCUCGUGAUGCCCACGUCGUGAAACGGCUUCGUGAAUCUGGAGCUAUUCUGAUGGGACAUAGCACUCUCAGUGAAUGGGCUGACAUGCGGUCGAACUCAUAUUCUGAAGGCUAUUCAGCUAGGGGUGGACAGUGUCGAUCACCAUAUAAUUUAACGACUACGCCUGGAGGAAGCUCUUCAGGAAGUGCAUCGGCUGUUGGUGCUAACCUCAUCACUUUUGCGCUAGGCACUGAGACUGAUGGGAGCGUUAUCAAUCCCGCCGAGAGAAAUGGUGUCGUCGGUAUCAAGCCGACCGUUGGCCUAACUUCACGUGACGGGUAAGUUAUCUGGAAUAUUCAAAGUAUCCAAUGGUCCAGACUGCAGUCCAAUAAUGAGAGUCUUCUCGCUUUUGAGUUAGUUUGAAACAUCAAAUUCAUACUUUCGAGCAUCGAAAAGUCUCAGGUGGGACUGCAGCUCAGACUGUUGGACUCCAUACGUCUCUUGACAACCAUGUAUGUCAUGCUAACAUUUCCUCAGAGUCAUUCCUGAAUCCCAUAAUCAAGACACCGUCGGAUGUAUAGCUAAAACUGUCCGAGACGCUACCUAUUGCCUUGACGGAAUAUAUGGUCCAGAUGCCCGUGACAACUAUACUCUUGUGCAAGACGCCCCAGCUGGUGGCUACUCCCAAUACCUUACCAACAAAACCGCUCUUCAAGGUGCGGUUUUUGGACUUCCAUGGCUUAGCUUUUGGAAAUUUGCAGAUUCGAACCAACAAUCCCAAUUGCUCAAUCUCAUUUCUGAGAUAGAGGCCGCUGGAGCCACGAUCAUAAAUGGUACUGAACUCCCAUACUGGCAAACCAUCAUUUCUCAAGAUGGCUGGGACUGGGAUUAUGGUACUACUCGCGGAUAUUCCAACGAAUCCGAAUACACUUACGUCGCAGUCGAUUUCUACAACGACAUAGUUAAAUAUCUUUCAGAGCUAGAUAACACAGAUAUACGCACCGUUGAAGAUAUCGUGCAGUACAAUAUCGACAAUGUUGGAUCCGAAGGUGGUCUUCCCGGUGUCCAUCCUGCCUUUAAAUCAGGACAAGACGGGUUCCUAGCUUCUCUCGCUACAGGCGGUAUCAUGAAUGAAACAUACUGGGAAGCCCUCAAUUUCUGUCAUCGAACAACUCGUGAAGAUGGAAUAGAUGCCGCUCUGCACAAUAAUGGAACUCAACUUACUGCGCUCUUGGUACCGCCUGAUGUUGGUCAAACUUAUCAAAUCGCGGCACAGGCGGGAUACCCAAUGAUUACCUUGCCCGCGGGCGUAAGUCCAGUUGAUGGAAUGCCGUUUGGAUUGGCACUGAUGGGAACUGCUUGGAGUGAGGCAACUUUAAUCAGGUACGCGAGCGCAAUUGAGGAUUUGCAGCAGAGUUUGGUGGGCUUGCAACAGAAGAGGACGAGUCCGUUGUGGUAUGAUUACCGGGCGAAAAAUAUUCCCAUCAUAUAGAGAAUUUCGAUAGCUAAGACGCAAACUGUCGAAAGACGUAAAUGAAUUUAUGAAAUUAGUUGCUACGUCGACACUUCCCUUGUUUUCAACAUUUUCGAUGCCAUUCUGGAUAUCUCCCCUUUCUCCAAACUUUUUAUUAAUUAUUGUUCCAAGUGUCACUUCCCGAUCAUAACAAAAAUGCCUCCUCCACAAACACAUCAUUAUUCUUUCGCAGUCCGACGUCAGAAUUAACAAUUGGAAGGAAACCCCGACCCGUCUCUCGCGGUGUAAAGACAUUCUCUAGUUUUGCGAUUAGAAUUAUUUUUGCCACUAUCACUAAUCUAGAACCUUUGUAAAAGUAUGUAGACACCAUUCUGCGCCUCUCUAACAACCAAACCAGAGCGAGGCUACACCAUCCCCAUCUCAAAAGUCCCAUCCCAUCCGCUACUGAUGAAAUCUUCAAUAUCUAGCAGAACU